AUGUCCUACAGAUCGACUCGCUCCUCCGAGCAUCAAAGUGUAUCAUUUGAGGAAGCUAUCAUCACUGGCCUGGCAACCGAUGGCGGGCUUUUCAUCCCGGCGGAAAUUCCAAAACUCGAUGAUUCGUUCUUGAAAGAAUGGUCAGGACUCUCUUUCCAGGAACUUGCAUUCAAGAUCAUGAGACUCUAUAUCAAGGAAUCUGAGAUUUCAAAUGAUGAGCUCAAGACCCUAAUCACCAAGUCGUACUCCACCUUCAGAUCUAAGGACGUUACGCCUCUGGUUCCUAUUGACUCCAACAAAAACUUGUAUCUUCUGGAGUUGUUUCACGGACCGACCUAUGCCUUUAAGGACGUUGCCCUCCAGUUCGUUGGUAACUUGUUUGAGUUUUUCCUGACAAGGAAGAACGCCGCUAAAAAAGAAGGCGAACCGAGAGACAUCAUCACUGUUGUCGGUGCUACUUCGGGUGACACUGGAUCUGCCGCUAUUUACGGUCUCAGAAAUAAGAAAGACGUUUCUGUGUUCAUUUUAUACCCGACUGGAAGGGUUUCUCCAUUACAGGAGCGCCAGAUGACCACCGUUUUGGACGACAACAUCCACACUCUCUCCGUUAAUGGUACUUUUGACGAUUGCCAGGACCUCGUGAAAAAAGUGUUUGGUGACAAAGAGUUUAAUGACAAGUACCAUGUCGGAGCAGUGAAUUCUAUCAACUGGGCCAGAAUAUUGGCUCAGAUGACCUACUACUUCUACGCAUAUUUCCAGCUUCUCAAGCAACUUCCAGAAGCUGAAAAAUCAAGUUUCAAGGUGAAGUUUGUUGUGCCAAGUGGAAAUUUUGGCGACAUUCUUGCAGGGUUUUACGCUAAGGAGAUGGGCCUUCCAGUUGAGGAGCUAGUGGUUGCCACCAACGAAAAUGACAUUUUGGAUAGAUUCUUGCAUAGUGGGAAGUACGACAAGGCUCAGGUCAAAGAGACCUACUCUCCUGCCAUGGACAUUUGCGUGUCGUCCAACUUCGAGAGAUUCUUGUGGUAUAUGAUCAAAAGAACUAGUGGCUUAAACGAUGAUUUGAAAACAGGCGAGAUCCUCUCCCGUUAUAUGAAGGACUUGGCAUCAAAAGGUGUUUUCGAAGUUACCCAAGAUACCCUGAAGUUGGCUCAGGGUAGUUUGGAUUCCUCCAGAGUGUCCAAUGAGGAUACGGUGAAGACCAUCAGGGAGAUUUACACAAAAACCUCUAAUCAUUAUAUCCUUGAUCCUCACACAGCUGUGGGAGUGGCUACUGCUCUUAGAAAAAUUGCCUAUGAUGGCAACGAUUUGAAAGUGAAAUACAUCUCGCUUUCUACCGCACAUCCAGCCAAGUUUUCUGAAGUUGUGAAUCAGGCUUUGAGUGAAUUCGAGGGUUAUUCAUUCGAGAAAGACGUGCUUCCAGAGGAAUUGAAAAGACUGUCGUCCAUGCAAACCAAAAUUAAACUGGUUGAGGAAAGUGACCUCAAGGUUCUUGAAUCUAUCAUUGUCAGCGAGCUCGAAAAGGAGGGCAAAAAAUAG